AUUAUCGUAACGGAUCUAAAUCAAACCACUGGAGCGGUGCUUACCAGUAUGAGUGGACAUGCACGUUCACGUGGUCGUCCACCAAUUUAUGCGGCUGCAGCAGCUGCCAUUCAACAACAAGGAGGAAACGUUGUGCUUCCGCCUGGACAAGUUGCAAUAACAUCAACGGCGCCGAUGACUAGUAGUGCCGAAAUCAAGUCGCCGCCAUAUCGGCCAGCUGCUCGCCAUAUGAACCCACCACCGAACAGGCGUGAUAUUUUAGCCGUAGCAACUGCCGCAUCAGUUGGUCCAACAUCUGAACUUACGCCAGAGCAGAAGUUGGAGCUUCAGCGAGCAAAACGUGCUGAGCGUGCAAGGUUGCCGAAGCACAACGUCGUCGAGCAAAACGAGCUGAAGCGGCACGUCUGA